AAGCAGGAAGUCAGAGAAACGUCCACAUCACAUCCGUGAACCAAAACAGCAACAAAAGGUCUCAGGCAGUCCCACCAAGGGUCCACUCAGACAGCGUGUAGAUGCCAUCUGGAGCUCCAACAGGGGAGAACUGCCUUGUCGACAUGGACAGCAAGGCUGGAGAUCUGUUCGGUGCUGAGGAGGCUCAUCCAACCGGCACAGGUGGAGCUGGAAUCAUGGCAAAGCUCUGGCUCCCCAAAGGCCUCUCAGUCAGUAUGGCUAAAGAGUGGAUCGACAGGCGUCGCAUGUCCAUUCGACCUUGGGCCAGCUUCGUGGACCAACGCAAGUUUUCGAAACCACGAAACUUUGGAGAGUUGUGUCAGAGGAUGGUGAAAAACGUGGACACUUUCAACAGCAACUACACCUUCAUCUUCCUGGGUCUCAUCCUCUACUGCAUUAUCAGCUCUCCCAUGCUACUGAUCGCCUUGGCUGUGUUUGCUGGUGCCUUCUACAUAAUUCACCUCAAGUCCCUGGAGUCCAAACUGGUUAUCAUGGGCAAGGAGCUGACUGUCCCUCACCAGAUGAGUCUGGCUGGAGCUGUUUCUCUACCUGUGUUCUGGUUGGCUGGAGCUGGAGCUGCAGUCUUUUGGGUUCUAGGAGCGACGCUGUUUGUGAUUGGCUCUCACGCUGCGUUCCGUGAGCUGGAGGCAUCUGAAAUGGAAGAGCUCCUCAUGGAGCCCGUGUGAAGAGCAGACUGAACCCUCAGCGGGUGCAGGUCAACGAUCAGUCUUCACUUUUACCCUGUAAUCACGUUAGCUCAGAGGGGUUGAGGAAGAACUGCUCCUUGAUCUGUUCCUUAGCUAUGCGUGUGUCCUGUAUGCCCUGUUUUAGAUUGCAACUUGUUUUGCCUCUAAAGUAGUUAUUGUUACACACUCAUUCAUACACAUUUCCUUCCAUAUGCACAAAUGAUUCAUUUGUUAAUAAGUAUUUAAGCACAUUACCAGACAGAUGAUAUGCCUUUCUCUACAUAUGUUAAACCUUGGAUGCCUCUGGUUUGUGUCAAAUAGCCUCUUGCUCCCUGCAGUGUUUCAUAUUAAAUGACAUAUCUUUCAAUUCAAUAAUCUCUGCUGUAGAUAUCUUCAGAAGUAGCUUCUGGGUCCAUAACAUCUGACAAGAUUGCUGCUUUCUUAUGUAAAGAUAAUGUAUACAGUAAAUGCAUUGUUUGCUAUUCUAAACUGCUAAGAUAAAAGAAUAAUUUUCCAAAGGAAAAGUGCCAUUUAAAGCUUUAAGAUGAUAAUGCACAAAGAAAACUAAAUGUUUUAUUUAAGAGGAUACAAAACCAAAUUAGGUAUCUCAGAUAGGGUACUUAACAUAGACAUGUGGAUGAGAUGACAUCUUUAAAGGUCAGUAGAUAGUAACUGUUUUGUAUUGGGGAUAAUGUGGUACUUUGGUGUCUCUAUGCAUAUUUAUCAAAUCUGCUUACAACAAACAGAUCUAAAGGUCACUCUGUAAAGCUGAAAUCUUUCUUUUUUGAAAUUAUUCAUUAUUCAUUUGUUUACAUUUUGAUGUAAGUUUGGGUGUUUUUGUAUUUAAAUUCUGGAAGUGCAAUAAACCCCUGAUG